AUGAGAGGGAGGAGGGUGCAAUUGAAUUCAAAUCUGCUGGAACAGAAUCCUUGCCUGCCAACGACAUUAAAUCCAGUACAGAGGACAUUGUCACGUCAGUUACCGAACCUGGUACAGAGGACAUUGGCGGAUCAGCGAUCGAAUCUAAAACUGCUGACAUUGGCAAGUCAGCAACCGAAUCUAGUACAGAGGACAUUGGCGGGUCAGCAACCGAAUCUAGUACAGAGGACAUUGGCGGGUCAGCAACCGAAUCUAGUACAGAGGACAUUGGCGGGUCAGCAACUGAAUCUAAAACUGAGGACAUUGGCACGUCAGCAACCGAAUCUAGUAUUGGAAAGUCGACAACUGUGCCAGGUGACGAAAACACAGAGUACCCAAUUUGCUCCCCUCAUGUCCGUUGCGGUUUUCAGCGGUACAACGCGUCAGGAGCCCUCAUUGGCAAGUUUCUCAAAUAUUGUGACUGUCCAGCGGGCACAGAGUGCAGACAAUUUGGCGAACACAAGUCUCAAUACUUCUUCUACUACAAGUGCGUCAGCGUCACUGAAGACCCCUUUGCAAGAGUGCUAUCGUUGCUAGCGACUGAAGAAGAA